AUGCCAGCAUCUCGGGGCAGCGGCGGCGUGUCGACAUCGUCGGCCUCGGCGUCCGUGUCGUUGCCAGCGCUCCCUGGCGCCUCGACCGCAGCAAGAGACACCAGAGACAGAGAGAGCACGCCGUCUUCGCCCUCCUCACCAUCGCCGACACCAGCAUCGCCCUCCUCGCCCCCUGCCGCUGCUGCCGACAGCCAGCCGCCUCGGUCGUCGAUCCCUGCAGCAGCAUCCCCAUCCGCAAGAACAUCGAAUACGCCCUCCACGUCUGCCUCAACGUCAACGCCUGCCCUCACGCAUACUCCCGUCCCUACGACUGCUCCUUCGUCUACGUCUUCCUCCACAUCCGGAUCGCGCCCCGGCUUACUAGCGCGCCUAGGCAGCUCCCUCAAUCUGCCUCUGCCUCUCCCCCUGCGCAACCGCAACCGCAGCGUGACCGACUUCCAUGUACGCUGCGACGAGCCUCAUCGGAAAUAUGCCGCCGGCGAGCACGUCCACGGCUCCGUCGUCCUGGUCGUUGUCAAACCAGUGCGCAUCACCCACCUGGUCGUUACGCUGCACGGCUUCGUGCGCGUGCUGAGGGAUCCCGCCGGCGCUGCCAAGGUCCGCAACAUCACUACGCUGCCGCAGGGAGGAAGCUCCUCGCGCCCGCAGUAUCAUGGCAACGGCUUCGCAAGCCUCUUUCAGGACGAGCAGGUGCUGAGCGGCGAGGGCAGGCUUGAUCCCGGUAGAUACGAAUUCGGUUUCGACUUGGUGUUCCCCGACAAGGGACUGCCAAGUAGCAUUGACUUUGAGCGCGGAACCGUAUCCUAUAUGGCCACGGCAACUCUAACACGCCCCCUAUCCAUGGCGGCGACAAUGACAUGCGAAAGAAAAGUCAUGCUGGCUGAGAGGAUAGACGUAGGCCUCCUGCCACCGCCACAACCGAGGACAAUCUUUCUUGAACCUAUAUCUAAGAAGACGAGAAAGAAGAAGUCAUCAAUGGCACUGGACAAGAGCUCUCUUGCUACCCCUGAGCCAGUCGAUGUAGUACCUGAGCCCGACGCAGGAGAACCAAUCUCGACCCCUUCCGAGGAUACCGCCGCGCGUGAGAAUCCCCUUGGCGACCAGCAAAGUGAGCGCCGAGGAGCGGCCGCCUUGAGCGAUGUCCAAAGCGAGGUCAGCGGCGAGAGCGGCCGCAGCAUCAGCACCGCCAUGAGUCGGAGCGACAUGACUCAGCUAUCACAGACCAUUACCGCCAGCAUUGAGCUUCUCAGGGGCGGAUGCUUGCCGGGUGACGCGGUGUCGGUGCGAGUUACGGUGCAGCAUAUCAAGCAAGUAAAGAGCAUGACUGGUGUCAUUGUAACGCUUUUCCGCCAGGGCAAAAUCGAUACCUCGCCUCCGUCGCAGCUGUUCAAGGACAUGAUGACCAAGGAGGACGCUCGUCGAAUACAGAGAGAAGAUAUAUACCCCAGGUCACGAACGGGAUUAGGCGGCCUUUCACUAUCGUCCGCCGGCUCCAUCAGCGUAUUCCGCAAAGACCUCGACCAAACAACGGCACCGCUCAUCAUCGACCCGGAAACCAUGCAGGCGUCCGUCACGGUGCCAGUCAAACUCCCUGAUGACUCGUUCCCGACCAUCAAGGGAGUACCUGGAGAUAUGAUUUCCUUCAAGUACCAGGUAGAAGUCAUUGUCGACCUAGGCGGGAGGCUAUCUGGCCACUUUCCAUCCCGAAAGACUUCAAGAUUUGGCGCGUUUAGCAGCAGCGCCACAGACCAGACCAUAAGCAUGUUUUCACAGAGGAGGGGGGCUCAGAUAGAGAUCAUCGACACGGCUCCGCUUAGAAGACAAAAGGGCGUUGUUUGCGUGACAAUCGAGUCCAUUGUCGGAACGGUGGACUCGUCAGGGCAGCGGAGGCUCGUCAAGGUGUCUUCGUCGUCAAAAACGCUCGACAAUGCGGAGAGCGACGACGAGAUGGGCUUUGUCCCAACCCCGACUCGAUACGAAGAAAUCGACCGCAACAAUCCGCAACCCCAUGGGCCACCACCACAAGAAUACUUUCCUCCUCCCACGAAUCAUCAACGUCCAUCCUACUCCCCUACUCGCUCUCCUCACCCUUCUCAUCCGAGCUACCCGCCAACAAGCAAUCACGACCUCGCACCAUCGUAUACACCGCCCCCUCCUCAGUUGCCUGAUCCAAGAGGCUUAACGGAGAAGGAUCGCAUACGACAGGCAGAGCAAAGACUGCUGCCCAGCCGUCCGCAAGCCGGACCAUCUUCGCCUGACGAAGACGACAUUUACGACGCCCAAGCCACACCACGACCGCCCUAUGCAGGCAAUUCAGGGGAAGAAGACAACAUUGGCCCCUCGGCUCCGACAGAGGAAGAGCUCACAGCCGCCGUCAACGGUCCGAUGGACGCCGGCGAGGAUAAACAGGAGCGUGAGCGGAGGCGGCUGAUGGAAGAAGCCAGCGCUCCCCCUGAAUUCCCCGAGGACAUGGAUCGAGGCGGCGGGCCCGGUCGAGCCCCUAGGGAAGACGACUUGACGGCUGAUGCUGAACCAACUGCGCCCACGAUGGUUGAAGAUGAAGACGAUUAUCCGGGGAGACAUGACAACGAUGAUGGAGAGCAGUUACCCGCGUAUCGGCGGUAA